UCAGAGGAGUGGCUGUGUGGUUGAUGAGUAAGCACAGAGGACAUCAGAGGGGCCAGCCUGCGGAGGAUCUGUCAUGUCUCUCAUUGGCUGCACACCCAGGAUUCCCCCUCCCCCCACUGCCAGGUGAAGCCAGGUGAAGCCAAACUUUCAUUCAGGUGGAAUGUCCUUUUGUUUGUUCCAGGCAGAAAUCUCAGGCUUGGAGGAUGUGUUCAUUUCUGCCGGGACACAGAGGCUGAUCUUUUCUUUAGAACGCCACCAAUCUUCAUACAGGCCAUUUCAUCUGUUUGGUGACGAAGUGAGAGGAGCAAUGGAAAAGGAGGCAAGCCACCUGGAAAGACAGCAUGUUCAUAAUGUAUAUGAGAAGAUUGCUCCUUACUUCAAUGACAAACGGUACAAGGCCUGGCCAAAGGUACAAGAGUUCUUAUUAGCUCAGGAGCCAGGAAGUCUGGUGGCUGAUAUUGGCUGUGGAAAUGGGAAAUAUCUGCAUAUCAACAGUCAAACUUUUAAAAUCGGAUCUGAUUACUGCUUACCACUGGCAGAGGCUGCAAGAAACCGAAAUUUUGAAGUAAUGGUGUGUAAUGGACUCCAGCUGCCAUACCGUGAUGGUGUCUUUGAUGCUGCUCUCUCUAUAGCUGUAAUCCAUCAUUUUUCAACCAAGGAGCGCCGCAUACGAGCUAUUAAAGAGAUGGCUCGGAUUUUGAGAGUUGGUGGACGGAUGAUGAUAUAUGUAUGGGCAAUGGAACAGAAAAGAAGGACAUUUGAGAAGCAAGACUUGCUAAUACCAUGGAAUAGGGAGCCACAAAAGGCUUCAGAAAAAAGGAAGGACCUUACUGAACCAGAUUUCAAGAACCUACCACUGAUCAAUCCUUUGAGUAGGGUUCACAGCAAUAUGCUUCCAAAUAGUAGGACUAAACAUUCUUCAUUUGUUGAUGGGAUGCCUUUAACAUUUAAUAAUAGCCUCCAUUCAUCAAGAUGUUUAACACGGUCCCUAGAAUCAGGACUGGAUAUAAGCAGUAUGUAUGUAAGCAGUGACCAGAAGAAUGGAAGCAUUCUAUGUAGACUGUACAACUAUUGCACCGAAUUCGGAAAAACUGCAAACGUGCAUCCACCUAGAUUGUCCAAACCUCAUUUCGUAAAACAAAUUGGUGACCUUCUACCAAAAUACAUACAGGACCUGGAUAAUAAUACGAACAAACGCAAAGAGUUCUUUACCUUUCCUCUUGCUAAUAAAAGUUCUUGCACAUCUUCCAAUGUAGAACUUGGUGGAGAAAUAAUCAAAGAACUUGGUAAUGUUCCGUUACCAGAUCUGAAAUCUAAUUGCAAUGGACCAAUUGAUAUGAAACUGUGUUCAAACUCUGACACUAAAUGUAAAAAUGAUCAGCAGAUCCCCACAAUCGAAAAUACAGACCAUCUUCGAUAUUAUCACAUAUUUAAACAGAAUGAACUUGGUGACCUCAUAGAACAAUAUAUUCCUGAACUCCUUGUUGUAAGCACAUUUUAUGACCAUUCCAACUGGUGCGUCGUCGUAGAAAAGAAUCUUCUUUGAAAAAUGUGUCCUCAUAAUUGCUACAAUUUUUAACAUGUUAUGCACAGAAAAUUGUUACAGCACAAAGUUAUGGAUCAGUUCUAAUGCUUAUCAAAAAUACUUCCUAUUUACUAAAUGUUUUUUAUACUUUUUUUUUAACAUAAUUUUUGUAUUUAAUAGCUGUGAAAAAUGUAAAUAUUAUUCAUCACAUUUUAAAUAAAUCUUUUUAUACCAGAAAAUA